UAACUAACAAUAAGAACCUCCAUUCAAAACUACAGUUAGUAGUAGUAGUACUACUAGAUGAAAUUUUAAUGACUCUUGUUGAGUUUUAAGACUUAUUAAUUUUUAGAACUGUUGAGUUUUACGAUUUAAAUCCAAUUUAUCAAAGUGAAAAUAUGAACAUUUGAUCAUUACAGUGAAAAUAUGAACAUUUGAUCUUUAGUUAAGGACUGUAAUCUGUGUCUAACGGCUGUGUACUCAUCCAAAAAGAGUUAGCAUCUCAACUUAUUGUCCACUUAUCUUUCAUUCAAUUACAACUAUCUUGAAUUUAUAUAUAAAAUUAUUUCAUAAAAAAACAAUAUUAAUUGAAAUACAUGAAAGUUUGUACGCUUAACAAAAUUAAGAAAUACGGACUAGAGUGAACAUGUGGAGAGAAUUGAUGGAAAACUUAUCUCAAGAAAAUAUCUAAAUUAUUAGAGUUGCUGAUAUGAUAAAUAGCUUUGGUCCAUUCAUUUCCUCGAAAUUUCAGUUGACUUAGAAAUAGCUUCUCACACCCGAAUUCAAAAAUGGAUGGUCUCAACUCUCAAUCUCAGUCUCACACAGUCCGAAAACAAUUCUUAUACACUGUGGACAACAUGAUGCAUAUUCUAAAUCAAAUUGGGAGAUGGUUGAUGCAGCCAAAUUUGUGGAGAUUUAUAGGCUUCGCGUCAGCUGUUGUUGGACUGCUCUGUUAUGCUCUAAGCUCUUCUUUCAACUAUCUCUUUGGAGAAUGGAAUUUGCUGAAAAUAUUUCUUUAUAGUGUUUUCAGUUUCAUCAUAUGCUUGGUGAUUUUAUUUGCAAAAUUAUUUCAACAUUCGAGAAGUCUCCGGUUCAAAGCUCAUACAGCAUUUUUGGUAUUGACAAUCACCUCUGUUUAUUCCUUUUUCUUCGAUAAAGUGAUGAAUGGGAAACCAGAUGCAUAUAGUUUAAUUUCAUGUGCUGCUUUUUCUAUCAUGUCAUUGAGUUUGUCGAGGCAAACUCAAUGCGGAUUUGAAAUUGAUCUUCUCUAUUUCUUCCUCGGAUGUCUAAUUGUGCAACUCAUGAAGAUUAAAUUGCAGUUAUUCUUUCUUGGAGCAGGUUUCAGCUACUCUCUUAUUAUUCUCCGUUCUUUUUUCUCUUCUAUUGAUGCUAGAGGACAUAAUCAAUACUCUCAAUUCCAAGAUGGAAACCCGGUGGUUCUUCAUAUUGAUUCACUACAACUAGCUAAUACUGAUAUUGCUUGUGCUAGAAGUAGAAAUAACAUCGAUUCACCACCAUUGGUGAUCACUACUGAUAUUAGUAGUAUGAUGGAACAACUCGGGACUUUUGUGAAGACGCUUCAACAAGAAAAUUUAAAUCUCAUUCAGAUGGUUUUGGAUCAUGUAAAAAACUAUUGUGAAGAACACUCUCCGUUGGUGGUGACCGAUCCUAACUUCAUGAUGGAUGCGCUGAAGCAAGAAACAAUCAAAGGCCUGGAGGAAACAGCGAAGGUUAUGGUGAGCGCUGGGUUUGAGAAGGAUUUUUCUGAGGUGUACAACAGUUGUCGGAGGGAAUGCUUGGACAAAUGCCUAAUGCAUAGUUUAUUCGUGUUAAAGAAACUAAGCAGCGAGGAUAUUCAUGAUAUGCCAUGGAAGGAUGUCGAAGACGAGAUUAAAAGAUGGAUUAGAGCUUUCAAUGUCACCCUUAAGAUACUUUUCCAUGGUGAGCGACAACUCUGUGAUCGUGUUUUCUCCGGGUUCUCAUCUGCCGCUGAUUUCUCCUUCAUUGAGAUUUGCAGGGUAUCCACCACUCAACUUUUAAAUUUUGCAGACUCUAUUGCAACCGUAAGUCGUUCACCAGAGUGUUUGUUUAAAAUCAUCGAGGUGUUUGAAACAUUUCGUGACCUAAUUCCCGAAUUUGAGUCCUUAUUUUGUGAUCAGUACGGUGUGUCUCUAAAGAAUGAAGCAAUUGCAAUAUGGAAGAAAAUUGGGAAAGCAAUUAGAAGUAUUUUCAUGGAGUUAGAGUAUUUGCUUGAGCAAAACAUGAUUAUGGGGACAUAUUGCAGCAGCUGUCUUCACCCGAUUACCCAACAUGUGAUGAACUACCUCCGUGUAGUUUCAAAAUCUCGGCAAACACUAGAGCAAGUGUUUGACGAUUCUUCACUUUCUGGGAAGAUUCUUAAUAUUAUGGAUGUAUUGGAGCGUAAUUUGGAAGCAAAGGCCAAAUGCUGUGCGGAUCCUUCUUUAGGCUAUAUUUUCUUGAUGAAUAACAACACAUAUAUAGUUCAGAUGUCCAAAGAUAAUGAACUAGGAAUCCUUUUAGGGGAUGAAUGGUUCCGAAUACACAGUCAGAAAAUUUGGCACUACCAUGAACAAUAUCAGAAAACCUGGGGCACAAUGCCCCCCACUUUAGUGCAAGAAUUUUUCCCUUUAUUGUGGAGGAAAGGUUCAGAAGGAUCAAAGGUGUACAAAGGAAAUGUGGAGGAAAUAGAAGCAUCACGCUCUCAACCACCAAAAAGGAAAAUGGAACCGGAGACAGAGAUAAGAACAAUAGUACUGAUCUCUCCUGCACCAAACUUUGAAAGCAUAGAAGAAAUGCCACCGAAAGACGGGUUUAUCUGGAAAAAAUAUGGCAAGACUACUACAUACCCGAGGAGUUACUAUAGGUGCAACCACAUGAAAUUAGAUGUUUGUCGAGCCAAGAAGAAAGUACAACAACUUUGUUAUAAUCCAAUCGUGUUUGAAGUAACAUACAAAGUUGCACAUUCCUGCCGUAUGUCCUUGACAAUACCAUCAUUAUUUUUACCAGCACGAAGGAUCUCAAAGGAUAUGACUCCAACCACCAUGCCGGCAUCAACUUCAUAUUCUGAGUGGUUUUCAUCGGGCACGCCAGCCAAAUACAUAGACUCGAUCCCAACGGCCAAGCUAGCUGCUCCGGAUGACGGUGGGCAUCAUCCUAUGAUGGCCAAUGUCGUAGGCUUUCUUAUUUCAGCUAUCGAAUCACAGUCCUCGAUCAGCUUUGACGAAGCAUUUUCACCACAAACAGAGGGGACAAUGGAACUGUUAGAGAGAAUAUUGGCAUCGAAGUCCGGAAAAUAUGUGGACGAGUCUUUGCGUCAUUUCUUCAUGAUGAAUAAUUGGAGAUGCUUAGAAAUGACAUAUAAAAGAAUGCAACUGAAUGCAAUAUUCGGAGAUGUUUGGUUCCAAAGAAACAGAACAAAAGUCCAAGAAAAACUUGAACUCUACAAAAGAGACUCAUGGGAUAAGGUGUUGGAAUUUUUAAAGUUGGAUAUUAUCAAUGAAUCGAUGGAAAUUAAUUGUGCAAUAGAUUUGAUGAAACAAAAACUCAGUUUGUUUAACAUGAACUUUACCGAGACAUGUCGAAUUCAGUGCACUUGGUCUGUUUAUGAUGAGAAGCUAAGGGUAGAAAUAAUUAAAUCUCUGAAAAACACCUUGCUGCCAGCAUAUGGAAUCUUCAUUGGGAAGUUUCAGGAUUUUCUUAAAGACAAGGCUUACAAGUAUAUUGAGUAUGGAAUGUUUGACAUUCAUGAUGUACUUGAUAAUUUGUUUCUCGGAACCAAGAAAUACAGAUGAAUCAUUUGGUUUGUGAUCACAAAUGGAUGUAUCAUUUUUAUUUUUUUUUUGGUUUGGUUUGUACUUUCUUUUGUCAUUUUUUUCUUAAUGUUUCGAUGAUGUUGUUUUGGUUUUCUAAUGUUAUUUGGUAUUGAUGUACUUUGUGAGAGUGUUUGUUAGAUUUUAUAGAAACAUCUUAUAACAUGUAUUAUGGCAUACUUUAAAAUUACUUGGUUCAAGUGGAGUUAUAAGGA